AUGAAACUUCUCUACAUAUGUGACACACGCUUUUGCACAUUCAACUCCAGGGAGAAAAAAUACUUGUUCAAAUAUUGGGCCUACUCCUUGCAGGAUUUGCUCAAUAACAGCAGUCAGAGGAACAUUCGCCUGUGGCUUGUGUGUAUAAAUCUAAUUGAUUACCUCGACGUGCUAACCUUCUCUGACCCAUUUGACUACGGAAAUGUGAAAAGAGCAUUGGAAAAUAUAUCUCCUCAUUUUGAUUUAAGUGAAAAGAAUUCCAGACAUGGCAACGAUAUGGCUGUGGAUCCACUCAUAGCCUUUUUGAGGAACAGUGAAAACAGGGCAACAAUUAAGGAGUGCGACAAAGUAGCCAUUUUAUCCUGCAACAUUCACCAAUGGGAGGAUAAAGUUCCAGAACUGAAACUUUUCGCUGAUGAAUUCCGCACCAGCGUGUGUAAAUUUUACCUCUUCAAUGUACACAAAAGCGCUGCAGACGGAAAGAACAAACUGCCUCAGCUCGGGAGUGCGUUGGGGGAGUACCCAAACUUCUUCCUCAAAAAUGUGUUAUUGAAUAAAAUAAAUAUUUUGCAAAUAUCCAAGGAGAUACUAUCCAUCACGUUUGUCGUUUCGUUUACCCUCAGCUUACAAAACGAGCUAGUACUGAAGUGUGAAGGAAGACCCCUAGUAGAAGAAGUGGGACACUCUGCCUUCAUCGGGCUGAGCAAAUUCCCCGUUGUUUUUGACAUACGGGCAAAGGCGCUAAAGGAAGGCAUCUCACAGCACUUGAUAUAUGGGAUACCCAUAUUUUUAAGCGACAUACAUGGGGGUGAGGGGAAUUUAAUUUCCCUGGAACGCCUAUCGAGGGAGCUCCAUGAAAAUGAACAAGUUAUCAUCCUGAGGUCGAACAUAAACCCGACGGAUUUAAAAACACACGAAAAAGAGGUUCGCUUCUUAUGGGUUGGAACCCCAAUGACAAAGUCGGGGAUGUCAGUUGCCCUAUGUUUGCACGGAUUAGCUACCCAAGAAACGUAUUCCCUAUCCAUCGAAGAAUAUUACAAAGAACACGUAGAGGAAAAAAAUGAGCACAUCUCAGACACAAAGAUAAGGGACCUAUUCAACUUUUUAAUUUUGCUGGAUGAGUUUAACCCGUUGGAUUAUAGCAACGAGCGGUUUCAGUAUUCCUUCAAGUACGUUCGUGAUUCGUUGAUGUCUCUCCCCCCAAAGAAUGUGCUUUCAAAGAAAAGCAAUAGAAAAAAAAAAACGACUCUAUUAAAAUAUGCUGCGUUAGAGGAUGUCCCUACUGGUGCAGAGAACGCCAUGCCGCUUGGGGGUCGUGGAAAUCUGGCUACUCGAAGGAAAAAACAGUCAACCAAAAGCAGAGAAAUCCUGGACCCCCGAUCCCUCCUUCUAGCCAACAUGAAUAAGGCUUUCCAAAAGAACAUCAUAUAG